CGAAAAUUUACCUAUAAAAUAAAACCCUGAGAAACACAUUUUUCAAAAAAACUCGAAUUCGACUCUACAGUCGCCGCCAUCGAGGAAGCAUCAAAGGGACACAACCGCCGACCGAUAAGUUCUGCCCAUUAGCGGUGGUGACGGCGAUCGGUGGCGUGAAGGGCUCAUGGGUCUAAAUUAGGGUUUGUGAAAAUUGGGAAAUCAUGUGUAGGAUCUGUCGGGCAAAAGAUGGCUCCCAUGAGCUUCCGGUUUGGAGGAGGACCGCCGAAGAUGGCUCCCAUGAGCGCCAUGUUUGGAGGAGGCAUCGGCUGGACGCCUUUGAAAACUUGGUGCCAACAGCAUCCCAAUGACGCUAAAUCCCGACUCGAAGACAUUACCAAAGACCUCAUUGGGGCACUGUCCCAUGAGCAUAGCCUAGGAGCAUAUCACCGGAAUUUGUCAAAGGGGAUAUUAAUGGAUUACAAAAAUCAACCGUUUAUUUCGGAUGAUUUCAACCGAGAACCAAAUGUUCCAAGAUAUAUACGAAACAAGCAAAAACGAAACAUAAAAGAUCUACGGGGACUGCUGAGAGAGAUACGUCAUCAACUCAAGGAGGUCCAUCAGAUUGACACCCAACGGCAGGACGGGUUUCUGGAUGAACUAUCUCGCGCACAGAGCAAACCUUUUCUUUGGCGUAUGAUGGGAUACGGUCAUCACCCGUACUUUUGGUCUGAACGCGAUGAGGUUGGUUUCAUGCUUGCUUAUCGGCGCAGCAUUCAGGGACUGAGCUGGGAUUCCCUUGACAAACAUGAGCAGGCAUGCGAGGAGGCCUUUGGACCGGAUUGGACAGCCGGAAUCAAGGAGGGUACAAUCUUGGCGAACGCUGCUAGAACCACUGUUUAUGGAAAAAAGGUCGUGCUGGAACCGGGCAUGAUAGCAAAUAAAUACCAACGCGCGAGUGGCGCCAUCCCACUCUGGCUGAAUGCAUAUGAACACUUCGGAGAGUACCACGAGGAGCAGGGCUUGACGGAGUCACAAAAAGGGCGGUUGGUAUCGGAAGGGCUAGAUGACUUUAUAUUGAAGGCCUAUCAUUCCGCGGUGAACCUUCUGCCAGAUUUAUACAAAGAUGAGAAGAAAGAUAUGAUUGAAACGCUAGGCUGGUCUGGGAUCGCCUCAGGCCCUACCCCUUCGCUAUCGAUCUUAACUCCUCUGCCGCUACUCAACGGCUGCUCCAUCUCCCCGGCGGCCCUGCCUUCACCUCCGCCUUUCCCGAGCCGGCCCCUGAAGCUCCUCGGAUCAGAAAAAAUCUCUUCAUUCAGAUACCUCACGCGGACACUGUGCCGUGAGCAUCGCCGAGGAGCAUACCACCGGAAUUUGUCGGAGGGGAUAUGGAUGGAUGACAGAAAUCAACUGUUUAUUACGAAUGAUUAUAUAUACCCAGAAGGAAUUGAAAGAGAAGUUUCACUACGAGACAAGCAACGCGAAGACAUAACAGCUCUAGGGGUACGGCUGGAAGAGAUAGUUGGUCAGGCCGGUCGGAUUGACACCCGACAGGAGCACGCGUUUCUGCAUGAUCUUUCUCGCGCACAGAGCAACCCUCUUCUUUGGCUCUUGUUGGGAUGCGGUCAUCACCCGUACUUUUGGUCUGAAGCCGAAGAGUUUAAUUUCAUGCUUAAUUAUGGGGCCUUCGCUAUGGAUCUGGACGAGGAUUCCCAUAAGAAAUGGAAGAAGGCAUGCGAGGAGGCCUUUGGACCGAAUUGGACUGCCGAAAUCAAGAGGAAUACAAUCAUGAAGGACGCUGUCAGAACCUAUGUUGUUCAAAAAACGACCAAGCUGAAAUUGGGCGAGAUAGCAAACAAAUACCGACCCGCGAGUGGCGCCAUCCAACUUUGGCGUAAUGCGUAUAAACAUUUCCGAUAUUACUCCCAGAAACGGAGCUUGACGGAGGACAAAGGGCGGUUGGUAUCGGAAGGGCUAAAUGACUUUAUAUUGAAGGCCUAUCAUUCUGCGGUGAACCUUCUGACAGAGUUAGAGGAAGAUGAGCGGAACAUAUUGCUUGAAAAGCUAGGCUGGGUUGGGAUCACCUCCGGGGUUGGUGGAAUGGUAGACGGGCCAGUACUUCCGGGGAGGCUCAGCAGUCCAUUGGCGGAGGAGAGCCGGAAGAGGCGACGAGAUUAGAAGUCAGUUCUUGGUCCCUUCCUCGGUGAUGCUCUCUGGCCUGUGGCAGAGGGGCAUUUGCUGCGAUGGCCACGUUUGUGAAGACAGACGAGAUGUUGGCACCAAAAGGACUUUCCAUGACUAUCUCACCCCUCGGAUCUGUCUGUGCUGUCCUCCUCGCUACCCAUUCCUCCCUGGUCACUCGGGUAAUUAAUGUUGUCCAGGUUGUUUAGAGAUCAUUUCUCAUUUUCCUACUCGGCUGGAAUUAUCAAUGGGAAUUCUUGUCUGUUCAGUUUCAUUUUGAUUAUCAUUGUCGAUUUUGCUCUUUAAGUUCCUUCACAGAAAAUGACAAAGUGCCUGCCUUCUAAGCUUAUAUACAUUAUGGCGCAACUCCCAGAAUACAUUCUGCUCUGUCUUUCUCACAGUUUAUGAUAGAAUAAUCCAUUGCUUUGGGGAUGCAUAUUGAUGCAGCUUACAUCUUUCAGUGUGUGCUCUCAGUUACUUUCCACUAAUUCACCUUCCAAGCACUCACUCUCCCCCUCUCAUAAAUGUCUAAUGCUUGCCAAUCAUUUGCUUCAAAUUGCCUGAUUGCGUAUGACUGACCAAUCCGACUGUUUGUCUGAGAUAAAUUGCCUGCUCUUUUAAUGAUUUUAGUCUAGCUGCUCUUCACUAACCCUUCCUCCCCAGGAGCUCAGGUAAUUAUUAUGCUGUCUGAGUUGUUUAGAGAUCAUUUCUCAUUUUCCAUGAUGUGGCCAUGAACUUAACCCGCAUCUUCUUUUCUAACUGUACUGCAGGAGUAUAACUUGUUCACGGCUCUCAUAGGUCGUGCAGCGGCUCGCUAGAUCCGCUGCACCUGCUGCAUCAAUAGCUUUUGUGGUCUAUAUUCGCAGUACUCAUCUGCUUGAUAAAUACUCUCAUAGAGCAUUGGUACUGAUCGUUCAGAUUCCAGUUUAUCACUUUCUGUCUUAACAUUUCUUGGUGAACUGAACACAGCUGCGAGCUUGCCGAUUCUCUUCAUCUUCGUGGCCAAGUUGCAUCACUUGAAUUACUUGUACGCCUUUUAUUCUUUUUUACUGUAAGUUUCUCCACCAUUUAGAGGUUGAGAUAUCUCUCAGGAACUCAAAAAAUUGAAUAUUCAAUAGAAUUGCCAUCAAAUACUAGUUUUAGAUCAUGAUUUCCUCU